GCCAGCUUCAUGCUUGGCUUGGAAGUGAAGCUGACUCCAGUAAUUCGCUAUGCUGUGCUGCGUGUUCUGUGCUUAGGGUCCUGAUGCAGGGUGCUGAACAAAGAGUAUGGGCGAUCAAGAAAACCCCGACAUGAAUGCAGUGGCCUAUGAUGAUGUGCAUAUCGACUUCACUUGGGAAGAGUGGAAUUUGCUAGAUCCUUCCCAGAAGACUCUCUACAAAGAUGUGAUGUUGGAGACCUACAGGAACCUCACUACCAUUGGAUACUACUGGGAAGACCAUAAUAUUGAAGAACAUUGUCAACAUUCUAGAAAACAUGAAAGACAUGAAAGAAGUCAAACUGGAGAGAAAACUUCUGAAUAUACUCAAUGUACUACAACCUUUGCAUAUAACAGUCAUCUUCAAAAGCAUGAAAGAACACAUACUAGAGAGAAACUCUAUGAAUGUAAUGAGUUUGUUAAAGCCUUUGGACAUCACAGUCAUCUUCAAAUGCAUAGAAAAACACAUACUGGAGAGAAACCCUAUGAAUGUAAUCAAUGUGGUAAAGCCUUUGCAUCUCACAGUCACCUGCAGAUGCAUAAAAGAACCCAUACUGGAGAGAAACCCUAUGAAUGCAAUCAAUGUGGUAAAGCCUUUGCCCAAAAGGGCAAUCUUCAAAUGCAUAAAAGGACACAUACUGGAGAGAAACCCUAUGAAUGUAUUCAGUGUGGUAAAGCCUUUGCAUCUAAAGGUCAUCUUCAAAGGCAUAAAAAAACACAUACUGGAGAGAAGCCCUAUGAAUGUAAUCAAUGUGGUAAAGCCUUUGCCCAACAGGGCAAUCUUCAAAUGCAUAAAAGAACCCAUACUGGAGAGAAACCCUAUGAAUGUAAUCAAUGUGGUAAAGCCUUUGCAUCUCACAAUUAUUUUCAGAUGCAUAAAAGAACCCAUAGUGGAGAGAAACUCUAUGAAUGUAUUCAAUGUGGUAAAGCCUUUCCAUCUCCCAGUUAUCUUCAAAUACAUAAAAGGACACAUACUGGAGAGAAACCCUAUGAAUGUAAUCAGUGUGGUAAAGCAUUUGCAUCUAAAGUUCAUCUUCAAAGGCAUAAAAAAACACACACUGGAGAGAAGCCCUAUGAAUGUAGUCAUUGUGGUAAAGCCUUUUCAUGGAUGUGUAGUCUUCGAAAACAUGAGAAAAAAUUAUACUGCAGAGAACCUCUAUAAAUGUAGUCAGUGAGGUAAAGCUUUGCCCUUUAUACAAGAGUAAAACAUAUUGUGUGCAAUCAAUCUUUAAAGCCUUUGCAUAUCACAGUAAUCUUUGACUACCUGAAAAAAUAUUGAGGGCUUCUUAUUGCAAUUAUUUGGUAAGAUCUUUAGCCAGCAUACUUAUCAGUUGCACAAGAGUAUUUAUUAAGUAGAAAAAAAUUGUGUCAAAAUCUGUUCAAGCAUUUUGAUAUCUGAUUUUAUAUUGUUUGUACCAGCAAACUCAUGAAAAAUAAUUUAUAAAUUUAUGAAACCAUAUAUAUGUAUAGGGUAGAAGGGCUAGCUAAAGCAAAGCACCUUGGCCCUGAAACCAGCACUAGUUAAAGACACAUACUUUGGUGCUGAAACCAGAGUCAAUGAAACACACCUUGCCCCUGAGUUCAGAGCCAAUGAAAGAAAUUCCCUGACCCUGAAAGCAGAUCCCAAACAUUAAAGGGGGACAAUGAAGAAACACACUUUUUCCCUGGACCUGGAGCCAAAGAAACACACUUUACCCCUAUCCAACGGAGCACAGAGCCAGUUGAUGUGGGAUUCCCUUCUGUAUAUGUGUUGCUUUUAUUGGUUAAUAUCUUCCCUUCCCCCAUCCUGACCAUCAUAUAAUCCCUCUCAAGUUAUCCUCCCCUUCCCUUCUACCCUCUUCCUCCCUCUCUAACCUCCCUUCUUGCUCCACCCCUUGCUCCCAUUUUUAUAGGAGCUCUUUCUAUUUACCCUUCCCACGGAGAAUCUAUAUAUGUUUCUUUUAGGGUUCUCCUUGUUACUUAGUUUAUCUGGGGUUAAGGACUAUAGGCUUUAUAUCCUUUGCUUUGCAGCUAGUAUCCACUUAUGAGUGAGUACAUUCCAUGCUCAUCUUGAAAUUUGCAUGCAAAUGGAACAAACUAGAGAAAAACAUUCUGAGUGAGGUAGCCCAGACUCUAAAAGAAUUCUAAGAGACAUUUAUAUCUCUCCCUUUGGUGAACAAAUAGUGAAAUAGCAGACACAAUGAAAUUCUAAUUUCCUUAGGAAUUUUAUUGUGGAAAAAGACCGAUUCCUCCAGAUGAGAAUGUCUCUCCUGAAGAAACAUUCACUCUUUAUUUGUAUAUUUUCAUUGUAGCUAACUCAUUGUUACAUAUUUGGAAAUUAAUUCCCACAGUUCAGAGCUGUCUCCUAUGCUUUUGGACUCACUGAUCACAUUCCCCUAGCUACUAUAUGUGAAAACAGCUUCCCACUAUCAGGCCUUCAUUCCUCUUUCCUAGGGAAAUACAAAAAUAUACCCUCCUGCAAUUACCAAGCAAGCAUUUGACGUGUCUUUAUGGUCCAGGCAAAAGUAUCUCAUUUGAGAUAUUCACAGAUAUCCAAGGACAUAGAAUUACUACCAGCAUCAAACUGCUAAUUCAUAGCUGCUCAGAUAGAUAGAAAAAUAAGCUAGCCCUGGUUUUACCUCACUUAUAGAUAAAGACUACAGUGACCAAAAGCUAAUGUUCAUUAAAAUAUUCUCAAAUCCUUAUGCUCACCUUCAACUCAAUUUACUGAUGAUUUUACUUCAGAAAAUUUAACUGCUUUUGUUUUACUCUCAAGGAUAGCAAAACUGCGGAUAACUGCAAACCAGAGAAAGACUCCCUGCACAGACCCACACUGAGCAGAAUCAGAACAGCUGAUAACAACAUACCUCAGAAUGGAUAAGUUAGAGGCCUGGGUCUCCUCUUUGUUUCUAUUGCUUAGAGCAAUAAAUGUAAAUUCCAGACCUAGGCCCAUAGAAUUUGCCGCAUGUGGUGAGUAUGCUAAUCAGAUCAGGAGCAAUUAGCUUACCCCAAACUGUUUAUAUAGGUUGCCUGAUUACCUGGUAUCCUCUAUGCAUGCUGGGAGGAAAAAAUUUGUGUGCUGGUUUAAAAAACCAGUCCACGCCGUAUUCAUAAUUUUACUGAAAAUAAACUUUUCAGCUCUUUACUAAUCACCCAAAAGUAUAGCUUAGUGCACUAAGCUUCCACUCUAACAUUCCUUGAUGGUUUAUUUCCUUUCCUAAGUUUCUCCAUUAAGGAGUUCUCUGGACAUGCACUAAGUUACUUCUACCUUUGAGCUAACAGCCAUGAAUGUCUCUCUGUGUGAAAACUCUUAUCUGAUUUUAUUGAGGAGAAAGAAUUCCAGCCCCAGAACCUGCUAUAGCUUGGGAAUUGCUGGUUAUAAGGGUAUAUGUAACUGGAAGCAUUUGUAAUGAGAGGAGAACAAGGUAGAAUAAGGAAUAAGAAGGUGAAGUAGAAUAAAAAGACACGGACAAAAAGAACUUGUGAAUAGAUUUCUUAUCCCUCAGAUUCUAGCCCCCUUCACUUAUGGUGUCUUUAAUUGAACUCUGAGAGAGGUUUCUUUAGAACUGGACACUUGAUGACCCCAUUAGCUGACCAACUCUAAAACAGGUGUAGCCCCAUCAGAGAAAAGGAUGGGAAAGAAGCAUGAAAGCUUUUCUCCUUUGACCAUAGUUCAAUUAAGCAAUAAGUAGUAAUGUAGUCAAUUUUAGAUCAUUGUUAAAUCUUAUGACUGACUGUUUCUUGUAUUCACAGAACAGGUAAUCAAAACUCUUGAUAAAGAACUGAACUUAUGAAACCACAUUACAGUAGUUACACUAGUUUGUCCAAAAUAGAACUGAAUAAAAUAGUAUGUUCCUGCCUAAAAGAACUAUUAUUGUACAGGUGUAAGUUGUAGAGCCUGAGAGAAAAUGUGUGAUAAGUACUUGGUAUAUGCUAUACAAAUACCAAUCUCUGGAGCACAUGGCUAUAUACCCUGUUUCAACUUUUAAAAAUAAUUUUUGGAAUUAUAAUCACAUCAUUCCCAUUGUCUCUUUCCUGUCUCCAAGUCCACCCAUAGAUACUUCAUUGUUUUCUCAUUCAUGGCCUCUUUUUCCUUUUAUAACAGUGUUUGAAUGUGACCUAUGUUUGGCCACAGAACUUCUAAGCUAUAAGGAAGAGGGUUGGCUACACUGAUCAGUGAGUGCAUAAUGGAGUACAUACACAAGGGAUAUGGUAUCUUGGAUGAAAGAAUGCUCUGAAAGACUGGAAUGGUUUCAACUAAAAUACAAAUUUACCAUACUAGAACCCUGUCUGCUCCUAGGAUGGAAGGGUAGAGCUGGGAAGGCCUGUGCUGCCUUAGUCAUUAAAUCUCUUCUCAUCUAGUAAGGGAUGCUUCUAUUCUGAGGCCCAGUAGGAUAAGUCUAGCUAUUGAGGGACUGUAGACAAGCCUCACAAUCAAGUAACAUCAGUGGGAGAUAGACUGUGGAAUUUUUUUCUAGGAUUCUCUUAAUGCAGCUAUAGGUAGCCAUGAGGGAGACCAUAGCCUAUGCCCUGGUGAGUAGGGCCACACUGCUCUUCAUGCAGGAGGAGCAGGUUGACUGAGCUCUCAGAUCUGCUGGGAGCUGAAUGAACCAUUAGACAGACUAUUUCUGUUGGCCAAUAUGUUCACCUUGGUAGUGAUCCUAUCCACCUUCCCAACACCAGGAACGUCCAAGAAUCCUCUGCAGCUCAGAAAUUCCCUUUGUUCCAUGGAAAUGAAUUUCUCUGAAUCAGGCCAUUGUGGUUGGUGGAGGAAAGCUUAAAGCUUUAAAGCAUUCUAACCAAGUAUUUCUCAACCCCUUAUAUCUCCUUUCUACCAGUUUUUAAACUAUUUGUAAAACUUAUCACAUGAAACAGUAUGUAGAAUGCAAGGUUGAGAAUUUCUACAAACCCGACUAUCAGUUUUCCAAUUUUUCUUCCUACCACACACCAAAAGCGUUGCCUGUGUGUACGUGCAGGACAAUAUUAUAACCAUGACAUCUCAUAGUUGGGCCUGCUGAGCCUUCCAAUUUCUAGGGAAUACACUCAAGGAGUUUAUUUGAAAAGGCAAACAAAGAGUAAAAGUAAAACAUGCUCCAAAUUUUAACAAUGAUUCUGAAUGUGAUGUGGAAUUGUGUAGUAUCAUAUGAAAUAAUCUCUGUUUGCAGUAGAUUGGAAUUUUCCAUAGAGAUCAGCUAAAAUUAAGUAAAAGCAUGUUGCAUUGUAAUAGUUGAUGUAAAAUCACACGUAUUUAGUGUUUAUAUUCUGAUACACUUGGACAUAUUUGCCUACAUGAAAGCAACCCCAUUACUCCAAACAAAAGAGCGAGGCAUGCUCUCCAGACAUUCUCUUUUUAUUGAUGUGUUAAUGUCUGUCUACAUUAUACAGAGUUCUCAUAAAAUGACAGAUUUUCUAUGGAUCUUAGCAGGCUUCCCAGUAUGUUUUCUGUUUAAUUAAAACUAGUAUUAGGAACUGUCAGAAUUCUCGUGCUCAAGACUGUAGCAUUCAUGGUAGCCUAAGUAUGAAAAUAACCCAAAGUUUUACUUGUUGAGGACAAGCUUGGGGCUGUAAGAGGACAUAGUACUAAAUGAAUGAAGAUGAUAGCAGUGCUUAAAUGAUUAUACACUUAUAAAGGACUCUCACAGUUAGUGUUGUAUUAGUCAUAAAACAGCAUAUAAUAAGAAAUUAGUUUAUGUAAACCUACUUUAUCUCAUCCGAUCUUCUGAAUUUUAUCUAUAAUUCACUCUCAUUUGUCAGGUGGAUGUGAGAGCUCUAGCCAUCUUGUCUACACUAAAGGUAGGAAAGAAAAUUAUGGGCAGAAAGAAUAUAGAAUCUGGUGAAAGCAAACUCCUCAUUCAUUCAGUUGUUAUGUGGAGAAAACAAUUAAAUACCAAGAUUUUUGUAGCAAGAGUUGUUACAGAGAUGAGAUGCAAAUGUGCUACUUUUCUCAGUAUUUCCUCAGAGUCUGUUGUUAUGUCCUUUUAGUUUCUGAUUUUGUUGAUUUAGAUAUUCUCUCUCAGCUUUUUAGUUAGUUUGGUUAUGGAUUCAUCUAUUUUGUUGAUUUUCUCAAAGAACCAAUCCCUUGUUUUAUUGCUUCUUUCUGUCAUUGUCUUUGUUUCUAUUUUAUUGAUUUUAGACCUCAGUAUGAUUAUUUUCUGCCAUCUACUCCUCUUAAGUGGGUCUGCUUUUUGUUCUAGAGUUUUCAGGUGUGCUGUUAAGUCAUUUGUAUGAGAUCUCUCCAAAUUUUUCAUGAAAGCACUUGGUGCCAUGAACUUUCAUUUUAGCACAGCUUUCAUUGUGUCACAUAGGUUUAAGUAUGUUGUGCAUCAUUUUCAUUGAAUUCUAGGAAGUCUUUAUUUCUUUCUUGACCCACUGGUAACUCAGUAGUGAGUUAUUCAGAGUGAAAUCUCCUGUACAUUUGAGUUAUAAUGUCUGUUAUUUCCAUCAUGUGUUUGUUUAGUUUCUGCCUGGAUGACCUGUCCAUUAGUGAGAGUGGGAUGUUGAAGUCUUCCACUAUUAUUGUGUGGGACUCUAUGAGUGAUUUAUGAUUUAGUAAUCUUUCUUUUACAAAUGUUCGUACUCUCAUAUUCAGGGAAUAGAAGUUCAGAAUUGAGACAUAAUCUUGGUGAAAUUUUCCUUUGAUGACUAUGAAAUUUUCUUAUCUAGAUCUUCUGAUUAAUUGUGGUUAUAUCAAUUUUGGUAGUUAUUCAGAUACCUACAACCACUUGCUCCUUAGGUUCAUUUUUAGAAAAUCUUUUUUGAACCCUUUACUCUGAGGUAAUGUCUUUCUCUGAUGUUGAGGUGUAUUUCUUGUAGGAAACAUCAUGCUGGACCCUGUUUUUAUAUUGAAUUUGUUGGCCUGUAUAUUUUUAUUGAUGAACUGACCCCGUUGAUAAUAACGGAUAUUAAUGAACAAUUGUUAUUUAUUGUUCUUUUGUUGGUGGUGAUUGUAGUGUGUGUGUGUCUAUGUGUUUCCCUUCUUUGAAUUGCUGAUGUGAAAUUAUCUAUUGUCUGUGUUUUUACGGGUGUAGUCAACUUCCUGGUUUUAGCGUUUUAGAGUUGUGUUUUAGAUAGAUAUUGUUUAAAUUUGACUUUUUUAGGAAUUUUUUUCUUCAUCUAUGGUUGUUGACAGAUUUACUGGGUACAGUAGUUUUGGCUGACAUCCAUGGUCUCUUGAAGUCUGCAAAACAUUGGUUCAGACUUUUCUGGAUUUUUGGAUAUCUGUGAGUGGUGAGGUGUGAUUCUAAUGGAUCUGCCUUUAUAUGUUAUUUGGCCUUUUCCCCUUGCCACUUUUUAAUAUUAUUUCUUUGGCCAAUAUUUUUAGUAUUUGUUUAUUAUGUGGCAAGAGGAUUUUCUUUUCUGAUCCAUCCUACUUGGUGUUCUAUAAGCUUCUUGUGCCUUUAUAGGCAUGUCUUUAUUUAGGUUGUGAAAGUUUUCUUCUAUGUUUUUGUUUAAUAGCUUCUCUGGGGUUUUGACUGGGUUUCUUUUCCUUUUCUUUCUAUUAUUCUUUUGUUUGAUAUUUUCAAUAAUGCCUGCGAUUUCCUGGAUAUUUUAUGGUAGUAAUUUUUUAGUGUUAACAUUUUGUUUGACUGAAGAAUCUGUUUACGCUAUUGCGUCUUCAAUUCCCUAGAUUCUCUCUUCCAUCUUUUGUAUUCUGUUGUGAUGCUUGAGUCUAUACUUCUGUUCACUUAUCCAGAUUUUUCAGUUUCAGGAUUCCCUCCAUUUGUGUUUUCUUUAUUGCUUCUAUUUUCGUUUUGGAGUCUUGAAAAUUCUG